AUGCUUGUUAUAGAAAUUGCCAACCAAGCAGCCGCGCAGCACAAGUCGAGCCAAUUCCCGAGCAACACUACUGUCAAUCCAAAGGGCAAAUGCAAUGCGAUUUUCGAUGACACUGUGUCUCCUGAAGAUGAGGAAGCGAUUGAAUUUUUCCUGGCAAACUGUGAGGAGACGAGCAAGGAGCAUGAAUCUCUGAUUGAGGAACCACACAAGGCUCCUGUUCCACUUAGGGAAUACUUUCCAAAGGGUCCACUUCCCCGUAGGCUGAUGAAGAGAAAGGUGCUUGAAGAGCAAUGUGCUGAGAAGCCGAGCAAAAAGUGUAAUGCAAUUCAACAGCGCCGCCUCCGCCGUCCCCUGACUCCCCUCUCCCCCAUCUCUCGCCUCUCACACACACCUCCUUCUCCCUCAUCCUCACUCAUCAAACUAACCGCCGCUGUGGAGACUCGCCGGAGAUGUAGCAGUGACGAGCCGCCGCCACCAGCUCUCUCUCUGACCUCUCUCGACCGAUCCUCCCUCUGGAACUCCGGCGAUAGCAGCGAGAACCGCCACCGACCGCCGCUGACUCCGACUCUCCUCUACUUCUCCGACCGUGGCCGAGCAACAGCAGCCAAGGCCGCCGAGCUCUGGCCUCCCUCGGUCUCUCUCUCUCUACCUUCCGGCGACUGCAGCAGCGAUAAGCCGCCUCGCCGGAACCCUAACCUCCACCCAGAACAGCUCCGACCAGCUACCACCCCACACAGAACAGGGACUGGGCGGCAGUUGCCGCCGCGCCGCCGUUGCCGGCGCCCAGCAGCCACCUGCUGCUCCCUCCUUCCCCUCUCACGACUCGGACAGCGCACACACACAAUAAAGCAUAAGGAAACCCUCCCAAUUCAAUCCAGAUUCACAAAGUAAAGCAAAGCUAGGGUUUUAUUGUAAAAAUCUGUUCUUUCUCAUUCUUA